AUGGUAAAAAGUAUAAUUGUUGCCUACACCCUGUGGGCAGUAGGUGGGCCUUUGGGCCUUCACCAUUUGUACUUAGGUAGAGACACCCAUGCUCUGCUAUGGAUGCUAACACUAGGAGGAUUUGGAUUUGGGUGGGUCAGGGAAUUUAUACGCAUCCCUGCUUAUGUUAGUGAGGCCAAUCAAGAAGGAAAUAAAGAGAGAAAAAGGCCUCCCACCUCAAUCCCUCCUCCUGUGAGUCCUGUCAGAUUUGCAGGACAGGUGUGUGUUGGAGUCUACUUUGGCACUGUGGCCAUGAUAGGACUGAACUCCCUCAGUUUCUUCUACUUGAUUGUGUUGCCUUUAUGUGUGGGUGCAGGGGUGCAUCUGGUGUCCAAUGUUGGCCAGCAGACAUCCGAUCUCCAAAAGACUUUGACUUCUUGUCUCGCAACCUCCCUGCUAUUCUAUGGCAGCACAUUAUCUCCUCUUCCUAUAAGCUUGGCUGCCAGUGUCACUGCUGCAAAGCACCGCACGUUCAAACCUCCACGGACACCUGGGAGCAAACAGAAAUUAGGUCCACGGCUUUAUAGGAUCGGUCUAGGUUGGCUGGCCUUCUCUGCCCCGCUGGCUUACUGUAUUUUCCACAACACCACAGCCACCCUGUACUAUCUGUCUGACUCUAUAGCAGCACUGCUGGAUAUUUUCUGGUUCCUGCCUUGGCUCAGAAGUGUGUUGGAGUACCUUCUUUUAAUGCCAUAUCGGAUAUUGUGUGUGCUUACUGGAGGAGGGUACUAUGAAGAUGCCUGGAGGAAGGUGCUAGAAAUACUGCUCAAAGAAUACACUGAGAGAGAAAAAGAGGCACUGAAGAUAUUGUCUCUGGGAGCAGAGGCCUCUCUUGAGGAGAUAUCCCGAAGUUAUAGGGAGCUGGCCAAGAAGUGGCAUCCAGACCACAACCCCAGCAAGGAUGCUGAGGAAAUAUUUGUGAAGCUCCAGGAGGCUUAUGAGGUCCUUCUACGUUGGCACAGGCCCAAUCGAUUCAAGUAG